GCACGACUUGUCACUUUGCUCAUCCACCGCUCGCGGGCCCAUGACCAAGCCUUGCCGUCGGCCCGGCCGCCUAUUGGUCAAUCCGACUGGUCUCUGUCCCUGACCGUGACGAGGCGUAGGUAUAUCCCAAACUCUGCGGGCAUCGCGCCCAGUCGUCCGGUGCGUUGCACUGCCUCGAGUCCUUGGCUUUGCCUUCCUCCGUGGACGAUGUGAGCCUCCGGGGGCCGCCGCUGCUAUCGGCGCCUCGUGGUUGGAUGAGGUGGCGCACUCGGCUUGGCCGUCGUUCGCUUCCUGUUCCGUCCGGCAUUGCCCGCGCGCGACGCGACGGCGAGCUUCAUCUUCAUGCUCGGAGCCAACGCGGUCACGGUGCCGGCGCCCACGUCCGCCGGCGGCCGCGCGCAGGAUGCCAGAGUAUGACCAUUCCUUCAAUGCGUAACAUUCGGGGCGAGGGGAAUACAAAAACGCUGGACGGCCUCGCGGGAAUAUACAGCAAUCUCACGCUGAGCCUCAUCAAUGAAAUCUCCUUUUGCUGUCUGCCGUAGUUACUGCCUCGGCCAGGGUGGGUGGUCGAGACGUCAAGCGCGACACGAGACACGUUCAUAGCUGCGAGCCCGAGGCAUACACAUCGUAUACACAUCACCAGACCCCCGCGUUCACGUCGGCCAUGGCGCCCUUCCUCGAGCCGCUGCGAGGGGAGAGCGGCGCGGGCCACCUGUUGCCAGGCCAGACCCCAGAUCCCACCGCUCGGCUCAAUGGAGAGACACAGACACCGCUUACCAUCCAAGACUGGCUGGGCGUGCAGACCAAGGGCAAGGCUCUGCAGCGCCUCUUGGCCCUCGUCGAGGCAGAACGCGCCGCCAAUGACCACACUCGUGCCUGGAUCUCUCUUGCGAGUCCCGCCCAAUUACAAGCGCAAUGGGAUCGACUUCAGGCACGCGUCCAGCAGGGCUCCGAGGCUCUACUCCAUCUGUAUGGCGUCCCCUUCGCCGUCAAGGACAACAUCGACGUCGCCGGGUUCCCGACCACGGGGGCGUGCCCGGCCUUUUCGAGCCAGCCGGCCGCCGAGGAUGCCCCCGUCGUCGCCCGGCUCAAGGCCGCCGGCGCCGUCGUCGUCGGCAAGACGAACCUGGACCAGUUCGCGACCGGCCUGGUGGGCACGCGGUCGCCGUACGGCGCCGUGCCAAACAGCUUCGACGCCGCGCGUGUAAGCGGCGGCUCCAGCUCCGGCAGCGGUGUCGUCGUCGCCCGCGGCGCCGUGCCCUUUUCCCUCGGCACAGACACGGCGGGCUCCGGUCGAGUCCCCGCGGGCUUCAACAACAUUGUCGGACUGAAGCCCACGCGCGGAGCCCUCAGCGCCCGGGGCGUGCUCCCGGCCUGCCGGACGCUCGACUGCGUCUCCAUAUUCGCCCUUACCGCCGGGGACGCCGAGGCGGUCCUGUCCAUAGCCGAAGGAUACGAUUCCAAGGAUGCAUACUCGCGGGCGCGGCCUUCCUGUCAGGGUCCCUCGUCGGAACCCAGGUUUGGCAUGCAAUCCUCGCAACUAAAGUCCCCGUCGCUGGCCAUCUGCAUGCAGCCCGACUGGCAUGGCCGAACGGACCACUCCCCCGCAUACGACGCGGCACUCGACAAGGCGCGAGGUCUCGGCUGGGAGCUCACGCCUGUCGACUUCACCGCCCUCUUCUCCCUCGCGAAGCUCUUGUAUGAGGGCCCUUGGGUCGCCGAGCGGUACGCAGCCGUGCGCAACUUCAUCGAGCGCUCCCCUGAGGAGAUGGACCCCGUCGUCCGCGCCAUUGUAUCCAAGGCGCGCAACUUCACCGCCGCGGACGCUUUCGCGUGCGAGUACAAGCGCCAGGACCUGGCUCGUGAAAUUGAGGCCGUGUUCCAGUCUUUCGAUGCCAUAUUGGUCCCCACGACGCCGACGUUCCCAACCUUGGAGCAGCUGCGUGCCGAGCCCGUGUUGGAGAACUCGCUCCUGGGCACAUACACCAACUUUGUCAACUUUCUCGACUGGAGCGCCAUUGCCAUCCCCGCAGGCUUCAGGGCCGAUGGCCUCCCCUUUGGCAUCACCCUGAUAUCAAACGCUUGGCAGGAGCCUCAGCUCCUGCGCCUCUCGCAGCAGUGGAUGUCCGGCGCCCCGCGGCGGCUGGGGGCGACCAAGGCUCAUCGCGGAGCCGAGGGCGGCGUGCUCGCGAAGCUGCCGCACGACAGUGCCUGGACUCCGAUUGCCGUUGUUGGCGCGCACCUGACGGGCUUCCCGCUCAACAAGGACUUGACUUCGAGGGGCGCCCGCUUCGAGUGCGCAACAGCCACUUCCGACACGUACAAGCUGUACGAGCUCCCGUCGGCCUCCGGAGUCAAGAAACCCGGGCUGGAGAGGGUCACGGCUCCAGGGCAGGGCCAGCCUGUUGCCGUCGAGGUGUGGCGGAUGCCGCAACCCGCCGUCGCGAGCUUCCUGGCCACCAUUCCUUCGCCCUUGGCGAUUGGAUCCGUCGAGCUGCAGGACGGCCGCUGGGUCCGUGGAUUCGUGUGCGAACCCUGGGGCCUGCAGGGUGCAAAGGACAUCACCGCCUUUGGUGGCUGGAGAGCGUACAUGGAGCACCACACGCUCUGCAACGGCAUCUGCAGGAACGGCUCAGGCCCGUGUCGUCCGGCCCCGUCAAAGUCCAUCGCGAGAGUCCUCAUCGCCAACAGGGGCGAGAUUGCUGUCCGCAUCAUUCGGUCGCUGCGCAAGCUCAACAUCGAAGCCAUCUCCAUCUACUCGGAUGCCGACGUCGCCUCGCCGCAUGUCCGCGACGCGGACGUGGCCCUACGACUCCAAGGGAACUCGGUGGCCGAGACGUACCUCGACGCCAAACAGGUCCUGCGACUGGCAAAGUCGUCGCAGGCCGACGCCGUAAUCCCGGGCUACGGCUUCCUGUCUGAGAAUGCCGAGUUUGCCGCCGCGGUCGAAGCGGAAGGCCUGGUAUGGAUAGGGCCCACGCCCAGCCAAAUGUCCGACCUGGGGCUCAAGCACCGCGCCAGGGAAAUCGCCAACAGGUCGGGCGUCUGCGUAGUGCCCGGCAGCUCGGGCCUGCUGGUCUCCGUCGAGGAGGCUCGUCGCGAGGCGGAGCAGAUUGGGUUUCCGUUGAUGCUCAAGAGCACGGCGGGCGGCGGCGGCAUCGGACUGCGCCAAUGCAACGACCUUGACGGUUUCGAUGACGCCUUUGAUGCCGUGCAGCGACUUGCGUCGGCCAACUUUGGAGAUUCCGGCGUCUUCCUCGAGCGAUACAUUGAGAACGCGCGGCACAUAGAGGUCCAGAUUCUGGGCGACGGCAAGGGGAGGGUCAUGGCCGCCGGCGAGCGCGACUGCUCCCUCCAGCGAAGACACCAAAAGAUUGUCGAGGAGAGCCCUCCGUUUGGUGUUCCCGCCCACGUCCGCGCCAAGAUGAGGGCGGCGACGGUCCGGCUGGCGUCUUCGGUCAGCUACCGCAACGUCGGCACCGUCGAGUUCAUCUACGACGUGGAUUCGCAGGACUUCUUCUUCCUCGAGGUCAACACCCGCCUGCAGGUCGAGCAUCCCGUCACGGAAGCCGUUACGGGGCUGGAUCUGGUCGAGCAAAUGGUCAACAUUGCCAACGGUGACUGCCACGACCUGUUUGGCCGCGACGCUGCGAGCGUUGCUGUCGAGGGUGCUUCCAUGGAAGUCCGACUGUAUGCGGAGAGCCCGCUUCAAAACUUCCGGCCCUGCUCUGGCACCAUCAGCAAGCUGCAGUUUCCUCCCGGGCUACGGGUGGACACCUGGGUCGAAGCCGGAACGGAAAUCUCUACGCGCUACGAUCCCCUCGUAGCCAAGCUCAUCGCCACCGGACAUGACAGGGCGGACUGCCUGCAGAAGCUGGCGGAUGGCCUUGCCCAGACCGAAAUCGUCGGCGUCCAGACCAACCUGGAGUACCUCCGCCAGAUUGUGUCAUGGCCGCUGUUUCGAUCCGGAGACUGCACCACAAAGUCUCUGGACUCGUUUCAAUUCCGCUCCCCCAACGUCGAGGUGGUGCAAGCGGGGGCCAUGACCACGAUUCAAGACUUCCCGGGACGGACCGGGUAUUGGAACGUUGGCAUCCCGCCCUCCGGGCCCAUGGACCACCUGUCGUUUCGAGUCGCCAACCGCCUCGUGGGCAAUGGGCCAGACGCCGCUGCCAUCGAGUGCACGCUCCAAGGACCGACGCUCAAGUUCCACUGCGACACGGUCGUGGCGGUCACCGGCGGCACGGCUCCCGUCACGCUCGAUGGCGGGCACAUCCCAUCCAACCGAGCGGUCCCAGUCCAGGCAGGGCAAACUCUUGCCAUUGGAACGGUAGAGAGCGGUUAUCGCAUCUACGUUGCGAUAGCCGGCGGCCUCGACGUCCCAAAGGUAAUGGGCAGCCGUGCAACAUUCGAGGUCGGCAACCUGGGUGGAAAGGACGGCGGAAAGCUGCAGGCCCGCGACUUCAUCCCUUUAGGGACCAUGACGGCCUCCCACACGAACUCGCACGCAGGGUCCGUCGCCCCCGCCAUCCCGCUCCCGACGCAUCCCGGAGCCUGCUGGACCAUUGGCGUGGUUCCGGGCCCCCAUGGCGCCCCAGACUACUUCACCCAGGAGGGGCUCGCCGCCUUGUUCUCAGGAGAGUGGCGAGUUCACCACAACAGCAACCGUCUGGGCGUCCGCUUGACGGGCCCGCGGCCGGCGUGGGCGCGUCAGACCGGCGGGGAGGCUGGGCUGCACCCGUCCAACAUCCACGAUAGCCCAUACUCGAUCGGCAGCGUCAGCUUCACCGGCGACGAGGCCGUCGUCCUCGCCUGCGACGGCCCAAGUCUGGGGGGCUUUGUCGUGUUCUGCGUCGUGGCGUCGGCGGAGAUGUGGAAGCUGGGCCAAGUCCGUCCCGGGGACGCCAUCCGCCUGCAGGCCGUCACUACCGAGGCGGCCGCCCAGAUGGACGACGCGCUGUCCCGUGCGAUUGAAGACUUGAAAGAGUACCCUCGAGUGGAGGACUUUUGUCCUGAGCCGGCGCAGAUUGACUACUCUUCAGCCAUCGUCGGCAAACUCGACCGCCCUGACGGAAGGGUGGUUGCUCGCCAGGCCGGGGACCGGUCCAUGAUUGUCGAAUUCGGGGAGCGAGAGAUUUUCGACAUGGCCCAGAGUUUCAACAUCCAUGCCUUUUGCGAGAACCACGCCCAGCGCCCCAUCUGUGGCGUAGAAGAGGUCACCCGCGGCGUGCGGACCGUUCAUCUCAUCUACCGCGCUGGGCUGGCGCCGCAAACCAUCUUCGACCGGCUAUGCCAACACUUGUCGUCUUAUCGAGUGCCCCGGCGAGUGCAGUCGCGUACCUUGACUCUGCCGCUCGCCUUUGACGAUUCGGUAAGCAAGGCCGCCGUGGAGCGCUAUGCCGCGACGAUCCGGUCCGAGGCGCCAUGGCUGCCCAGCAACGUCGAGUUUCUCGAGAAACUCAACGGCCUGGACGACAUCUCGCGCCUAAUGCAGGACGCGACGUUUCUUGUCCUCGGCCUCGGCGAUGUGUUCCUGGGCUCUCCGUGCGCGGUGCCGCUCGACCCCCGCCACCGCCUUUUCGGGACAAAGUACAACCCAUCUCGGUCGUUUACGCCUCGCCGCUCGGUAGGCAUCGGCGGCCAGUACAUGUGCAUCUACGCGACCGACUCCCCCGGCGGCUACCAGCUCGUGGGCAGAACGGUGGACAUUUGGGACGCUGGGGCGGUCUCGGCGGAAAAGAAGUCGCCGAGCUCUUCGUCCGAUCCGUGGAUGUUUCAACCCUUUGAUCGCAUCAGGUUCUACCCAAUGUUGGAAUCGGAGCUCGAUGCCACACCCGCGUCGCAGCUUGUCCGCGUGACGGAGGAUGAGCUGGAUCUGGACGAGUACGAGUCCUGGAUGGCGCACCAUCAGGACGAAAUCAACGCGGUUGCCGCCCAACGAGCAGAGUCCAUCUCGAGCGCUCCGUUCCUCGAGGAGCUGCGCCAGCCCUAUAAGCCAAAGGCCGUCGCCGCAAACGGCCACGCGGAGGACACCGCAUGCAACGGCCUUUCGCUGAGUGCGGGAGCGCACAGAGUCAAGGCCAUGAUGCCCGGGCGCUGCUACAACUUUGCUGUCCGGGACGGCGCCCGGGUCUGCAAAGGAGAUGUACUGAUGUGGAUUGAAUCAAGUAAAAUGGAAAUUCAGAUUCGCAGCUCGUUUAGCGGGCGCUGCACCGGCGUUCGGGUCAAGGAGGGGAGUCUGGUAGAUGCUGGCGAGGUGCUUGUCAUGAUUGAGCCCGACGGCGACGGUCCGUCGGGCGUAUGAACUGUAUUACAUGUAGCUAAGAUUUAAUGAAAGGUAGACGAGAAACGACAUGAGAUGCAGACG